GGUUGGCGCUUCUGUUCCCGAGUUUGAUGUUUCCUGCAAACAAUCCUGUAAAUGCUGAAGGAGCAGCUUUGGAAGUCUCCUGCCCCCCGCCUCGGCCGGGUUUGGGGACGCUGGCUCCCAGCUCGGGGUGGGGGACAGCCCUCAUCCCGCUUCCCCAUCCUCCCCGCAGCCUCCCGGCCCUGAGCAGGGACCCAUCUGGGACAGGAAAAGGGGGCCGAGCUGGCACACAGUGGUUCCUGGAGGGGUGUGGGGAGAUUCACACACCGUGACCUUCCAUUCCCACAGGGAGCCACCUCCAAGCACCUGCCACCAUGUCCAAGGACGACGUGGGCUGCAAGCUGACCUCGGUCUACAAGCACAAGGAGAGAAAGCCGAAAAAACCCCACUACAUCCCGAGGCCAUGGGGCAAGCCAUACAACUACAAAUGUUUCCAGUGCCCCUUCACCUGCAUGGAGAAGUCCCACCUCUACAACCACAUGAAGUACAGCCUGUGCAAGAACUCCCUCUCCCUCCUCAUCGAGUCUGACUGGCCCUACAAGAAGGGCAAUCUGCUCCACCCGGAGCUGCGGCUCCUGCACGCAACUGAGACCUCCCGCCUGCGUGGGCGGCGGGACGAGCAGGAGACCUGUGACUCCUCGGCCACAUCGGGAGGGUUGGUUAGGACCAAGCAGACCUCCAGCAGGGAUGGCCACGAGGACAAGCCGACCUCAGGGGUGGAGAUCCUGCCUGCUGAAGGAGCUGGUGAAGAAGGUGGCCCAUUCCAAGAGGAGGAGGAGGAUGUUGCUGGCCUGUUGAGGGAGAUGGAUGCGGGGGAGAAGAAAGAGAAAAAUGAAGAGACAGGUUGCCAAGGUGAUCCAGCUGAACCAGAAGUGAAUGCUUUGGUCUUUGGUUUCAAGAACAAGAGGGACAAGCCUUGCAAGGAGGUGGAGCCCGACUUCAUCAUCACGGAUGUCUUCUCCCUCAAGAACCAUGUCAUGAAAAGCAGGGAAAUGGCCUCCCCAGACCUAGAUGCUAAGCCAAAGCAUUGCAAAGUGCCAAAGAAAUGCCUGGCCAGCAGCGGGAUCCUCAUGGAGCAGUGGAAGCUGGUGUCAAAUGGGCAAAGGAGGAACACACCGGAGGUCUCCCCACCUUGUACCGACAGCAACAUCAUCCCAUGCUACCCCCCUCCAGCCUACAGUGACUACCACGAACCUCAGGGCCUCAACCUCUCACUGCUGGGUAUUAACUACCCAUUGAACCCCAGCCUAUUCUCCUACCUGAGCCCCACCAUGGCCAACAGUGCUACGACACACCCGCACUUGGCUCAGCUGCCCUUCCUGGCCUCCACGGCCCAGCUGAUGCACCCGCAUGCCUCCCACUUCCAGCCUCUGCAGAGCCCCGAGCGCUCAGCCUUCCUUCCCCGCUUCUACUACCCCUUGCUCUUCGAGCACACCUUUGGCUCCACUGAAAGCAAGAUGUCCUCCAGCAAGCCAGAAGCCCAGCAGCUGGUGGGCUCUGUCAUGCCCACACCGCCCCAAGCCAAGGCCCCCAGUGAGCCAACUAAACCAGGGCUGCUGAAGGUACCAGUUCUGAAGACAAGUUUUCCUUGGUCCAAAGGGGUGAGAGAGGAGCCAGCCUCUGAGCUCAGCCACCCCACCAUGCUGGGGCAGGAAGAAGAGGAGAAAUGGUUGUCUCAAGAGAAGGAGGGCAACCCAUCUUUGAGCCUCAACAACCUACGCAAAAAGCCAGCCACUGACAUCUACCAAAAUCUGGUGGGGAUGAAGGACAGCGCUUUUGCCCCCAGCAGCGUCCGGAAGACAGAGUUACCCGUGGUGACCUGUCUGGAGACCAGCAGCCCUCCAGGCAACUCCCUGAAGAGGAAGUUCACUGCCAACGGUCUGGAUUUGAUAGGACCCGAAAGGCUGAUGCCUGGAAAACUCAGCUACCAGAGCAGUGCUUCAAGAGCCAACCCUGGACACAUCCCCAAGGCCUUGGAGCACUGGCACACGGAGGUCCUCGCAGGCCAGCCUGAAGAACUGGAGAGGGGCAAUGACACUGAAGUUCUUCCCUCAAUGGGUGCUGGCCUGGACCAUGGCCUCUGCAAGCAGAGCAGACCCCAAGAGACUUCUGCCACCAUGACAGACCCUGAAGCCACAACCGUGCUAAUCGGGGACCUGUCCAAAACCUUAGAGGAGUACCAAGAGGUGGAAAAGAAACUGUCUGAUCUGGCAAAGGAGGACAACCCUGAGCAAAAAGAGCUGAGGGACCAGCUGGUCAAAAUCCGAAGGGAGCUCUACCACAUUCACCAGGCACUGGAGAAAGCCACCAAAACCCACGAGGGCCCUCUGGAUCUCUCAGUGAAGAGGUCUUCUGAAGGUCUGGAGAAGGUCCAGCAGACCAAGAAGGAGCCCUGCAACAUGAGCCUGGGCAGUGAGAAGCUCCACGGCAAAGACCAAGGGGCCCUUAACAAAUGUGUGGCCACUGGGGAGGCAGGAGACACAGAGGGGCUGCCAAACUGCCUCCUCGAGGCUGAGAACAAAACCAUUGACCUGCUGAUCAAGAUGAGCCGCUCUGAGAGCCUCCGGGCAUCCUCCUCCGAGGCCCACCUGGGUGCUGUGAUCAAGGCUGAGGUCCUGCCGCUCACCAUGCCUCUGGAGCUCCGGCACGUGAUGGAGCCCUACUACAGCCGUACCACCAAGUGCGAGGCAGACUCCAGUGUCCUGCUGUGCUCCGACGGCAGAUCCAGCACCACCCAGGCCCCUCAGCUCCCGGUCACCACCGAGGAUGGGCCCCUGGGCUGCCGGGCCAUGCAGCGCUCCUUGUCCUGCAGCCUUCCCAGCGAGACAGACGCAGUGUGUGUCCACAGCCCUCUGCAUGCCGACCCCUAAACCCACCUUGCUCGAAAGCUCCUGGAUCUCACUGACCACCUCAUGCUUCACCUUCCUAGUGUCCCACCUCUCUGCUCCCCUUCUUCCCCCCACGACGAAAGCCUGGCUGGGGCCACGUUGCGUUGGGGUCCCAGCCAGCUCCCCCAGCUGACUCCACAAGGUGUAAGAAACCAGUCCCUGUCCUGCCACGCUGUGAAGGACGGUGCUCCUGGGCUCUGCAUGCUCCACAGUCUCAGCUCCCUGGUCCUGGAGCUCCCUUCAAAAGGGAAGUGACUAGCAGGCACAGAAAGAAAACUGCUAAAAUCACCAAGGUUUCAGCAGAAGACUCAUCCAGCCCUCUCAUCAGGGACACUCAGGGACUUUUGGAACCCGGCUCCCAUGGCCUGUGGACAGGGGAGGGACUACAGGGUAUCUACAGGGCCAAGCCUGCGUCCAGCUGUGGUUGUGCUCAAACAGAUUGUAGCUGUCACCUUGUACAGAGCAAAGACACAGUGGCUUCUCCCCAUGGUGGCUUCAGUGACACAGCAGGGAAUCAGAUGCCCAGCUGGACUGACCCAGAGGCCAAGUACUUUCUGCACUGUGGAGACAAGAACAUCCUCCCAGCCACAAUGACAAGAUGACACAGGAACCACCUUGCCACAGCUCCACACCUGGGUCCUGAGCUCUCCUGCCAAGGGCAUUUGCCACGUGGGGACUGCUGGGCUGUAGGGACUUGUUCCUACCCACCGGUCCUCCAGUGUCCGGCUCCUUCUUUUGCUUUUACACAGAAAGGACCUUCCUUCCCUUUGCUCCCAUGGCCUCUCCCCAUGCAGACAUGAUGCACAUUCCUCAUGAAGGCCCCAUCCCUGCAGAGUACAGCUCCCACGAGCCCAUGCCCACUAGUCCUAAUCCCCCAAAUGACGACACAUGGGACAGCAAAAUGGGUGACAAAAUGCUGCCAUGAACCCCACUGCUCAAGGGGAAAAGACCCUAAAAACAACUGCGAAGGGACAAACUUGGCCUGUCCCAAGCUGGAAAGAUGCUGAGCAGCCACCCCUCUGCCAGAGCACCGGAGAGGCAACCACCCGGGCAGGUACCUGCUGCUUGCGGGAUGAGCGUUGGCCUUCCCGAAAGGCCACCUUCUCCCCCCAGAGCUCGCUGGGGGCUCUGUCCUCUGUUGGGCAGGCUGGUACCCACCGCAGGGCAGUCACACCUCCCUGUCCCCUGCCACCCUGCUGAGCAGCAUCUGCUCUGGCUCAGGAUGGUCCCAUGCUUGGGCCAGGAUUUCUUGGACUCCCUCCCGCCGUGGGAGGUUCAAUGUGUUCUCCUCAGCUCGGCAAAGCCAGGCACCCGCUCUUCUCCCCUCCACGCUCCCUGUUCAGAAGAUGGUGGGGUCUCCUGUUAGCACCUAGGUGCUCCACUGACUCCACUUGGUGACUUGUUCUUUGCCAUGAGAAGCGCCAGGAUGGGGGCGGGGGAGGGCAAGGUAAAAGAGGACAACAAGCAAAGCCACAAAUAAGGGACCAACACAGCACAGCAAGGGAAAUUUAGACACUGGCUUUUCUCUGGGCACAACGUGGACAACCCUACUGCAGGUGGCUGAAGAAGGAAAGCCCCCCCACACGGGACCUGGGACUCCCAAGUACUUUGAUGGACCCAGACAACAGGAAGAGUUGACUCUUUUCACCUGAUUGCUCUGUGGACAAAGCUUCCACCUCAUCAAAGGGGUUUGUUUCUCUCUCAAGGACUUCGCUUAGGGCACGCAGGCCUGCGGAGUUCUUGGUCACUUCUCUCUGGAGGAAAGUGUGGGGUGGGGGGAGCCAUUCAGAAGGACAGAUGCUCAGCUCAGCACCGCGGCCCUUUUGAGCCAGCUCCAGAUCUUCCUGAUGGGUCACGUCCUGCUGCUUCCCAGCAUGGCUCUGGCCCCACAGGCCAUGAGACACCCCCGCCCCGAACAGAUCCCAGAGCCUGGGUGCAGGAUCCUCCAUCCCACAGCCCAGGGAAGGUGGCGUUGGGCCUUUCUUUCUGGGUUUGAAUAGCGCCGUCAUCUUUGGAUGCCAUAACACCACCAGCGCAGCAGCCCCCUCCAUACCAAGCACCUUGCUCACGUUACCAGUCACACUGUCCCUCCACCUCUUCUGCCACCCUGUGCCCCUCUGUCACCCUGUGCCCCUCUGUCACCCACCCCUUCCCAGCCCCCUUGCUCACACAGCCCCAGCAUAUCUCAGGGCUCCCUACUCUCCCCCACACCAGCUUCUCCCGGCAUCUUUCACGCCAGGACGCCCUUCCAGCACACGGCAGGGUGCCCGCGGGCACAGCCAAGAAGCUGGAGCCCCGUUUUCCCGUGACAUCCUUCCCUGCCCACCUGGCCUUUACCUCCUCUGAGGAACAACAGGACGCGUGGGUCCCUCUGCUCACCCUGGACCCCCACCUCCUCCCAGCCCCGAGCACCAUGUUGUUUUCCUUAGCGCAUCCCCAUCUAUACUUGGGCACAUUGGAGGUCCAAGACACCUGCGCUGAGCUCUGUGACCAGCAGCCCUGGGCUUCAGCAGGAGAUCAGAGCACCAGGCAGUGCUGCCUUUCACCCCUUUGUAGCUGAGAUAUUGCCCCCGCGCAAGUCACGUCUCCCUCCCCAGCCCCUGACUCCAUCCUGCCACCCCGAGCUGGGAUGCUGCCCUGCUCCCCGUUGCCCAUGCUGGGAGACGGGCACCUCUCCCACGCGCGGAGCCAGCACCAGCAGCCCUCGUCAUGGCACUCACCGACUCCCUCACCUCCGCAGAACACCGGGGUGGGGGGUCAAGUGGGAGGCGGAGGCCGAUCACACAGUAUUUAUUGUUCACAGUUUUACGAAUGUACAAAACAAAAACCAAACCAUUAAAGG